GUAAGGGUGAACACUGAAAACUAUCUUUGCAUAUUUUUGAAAAUAAAAGGCUAUUAUUAAAAAAUAGUUGUACAAAAGAGUAAUGUGGCAUAUCCUAUUUUGGGUUAAAUAAACACUAAUGAGUGAGUGUAGAGACUCACAAGUGCAAACAUAAUUGAGUGAAUCUCAAAAUAGAGUUGCUCUGGAGCCUCACCUCUUUCCCUAGAGAGAAGUAAAUUACAAGUUUCUCUCCCUCUUCAUCCCUAAAGGAUUCCAAGGGUUCCAGGACUUCAAGUCCCCAAAGAAGAUAUGAUCUCUCAUUUUGAGCAAAGGGAAGCAUGGUAGAAGCUGGACCAAGAAGGAACUGCUCUCCAGGUGAGUGAGGUGAAAACAGGUGUAAGAGAGCUGUGGUUACAAGAAGCUUCUAGGAGUUACCAAGAAGUAAGGGCUAGACUUUGGGAAGAACCGCCUAGGAAUUAUUUUUCUUUUCUUUUCUUUUUUUUUUUUUUUUUUUUUUUUGCAGUGUAUCCUUGACUGGUCAAUGAAUCUAAAUUUCCCUAUCUGUAAAAUGAGGGGGUUUUACUCUAUGGCCUGGUAGGUCCUUUUCAGUGAUAUUCUAUGAUCCUAUAGGAUGUCACUGUUUGGGAUUUGGGGCAUGAAAUUCUCCUGAAAGUGUUAUAAGGGAUUACAUGAUCCAAGAUGAGUUUAUUUCAAGUCAGCAAACAUUUAAGUGCCCAGGAAAUGCCAGAGCCUGGGCAAAGCACCAGGAACAAAGGGAGGUACAAGUGAUACCCCUUCCUCUCAUGGAGGUCACAGAGUGGUGGGUAGACAAUACACCAACAAUGAGGUAGAAACUCACUGUGGACUCCACUAUGGACUGGAUAAAGUGGAACAAAAUCCAGUGAUUUAUUAAAUCACUAACUAGGGAGAAUAAUAAUGGUUUAAGGAGAAUAGAAUUUUGGAGGAAAUAAGUCAAAAUCCAAAAAAGAGUAAUAGCUAAAGUAAUGAGUGAUGCCUAUAGAGUAGGACAGAGUAAUUCUGAUCCAAUGACAUUUAAUUGCCAUUCUUCUUUGGUCUUAUUCCUCAUCAAAUUGCUUUAAUACUGAAUUUUAAGAGUGUUUUGCUUUAAAGUCUGACCUGCUUGUAGAGGGUCAAAUAUCACAAUUAUAAAGGGAGAAUUCAUUACAAUCCAGGAGGAUGUAUGCUUACAAAUGGUGUAUAGCUCCUUCCAGUUGUUCAGAGUAUGGGGUCCAUUAAUUUGUGUUAGUCUGGUGCUGCGGUUUCAGCUCAGAAGGAGGAAGAGGUGAGUCUGAGAGGGAGAAAGGUGAUGGAGGCCUGGGGAAGAGGAGCUCUCAGAGGGGACCAGCCUGGGAGGGGGCGGGAGGCUGCUCCAGAUGAGAUUUGAGCACUAUGGUGGAAUUUGGAGGCCUGGGAGGAGUUUGAGACAGAAUGCGGGGCAGGGCUAAGGGAGGAAAGGGACUGAGAGUCCUGAAGUCCUGACCCAGGAGGUGAUUGGAGGAAAGGGCUCAGAGGGUGGGGCUCUUGGGAUGAGGAAGACCCUCCCCGACGGGUCUGGUGAGAAGCAGGAAGUCUUCUAGCUGGGCUCACUCUGUCUUCCUGCUCUUGGACCCUUCCCUGCAGCAGGAACUGCUCUGCCUUCCCUGGGAGUUCAGGUCUCUCCCCUUUCUUCCCUUGGACAUGAGAUCACUUUGAAUUCUGGCAGCCACACCUGUGCUUGCAGCUCUCAGGGAGCCUGGAGCUAAGGGAAUGGGCCCUGGGAGCCUCGGACCUCCUCAGGAGGUGGUGACCUUCAAGGAUGUGGUUGUGAACUUCACUCGGGAGGAGUGGGGGCUCUUGGACCCCUCUCAGAAGGAGCUGUACAAGGAGGUCAUGGUAGAGAAUGUCCAGAACCUGCUCUCCCUUGGUCAAAGAUUGAAUCAGUGUGGAACCAUCUCAAACAUGGAACUAAUCUUAGAGAUCAGCCUCUACCUGGACAUGAAUUUUGCCUACCAAAGCUCUGAAAGUUUCUUUCAACUCAUUCCCUUUUGGGAUGGGUCUAGUAUUUGGAAUAUUCUUUAUAACAAGCAUUAAUUUGUAGCCUAAAGCACCUACUUGGUCCUAGUAUAGGAAGUUAGUCCUUAAUCUUCCUUUGUAUUGACCUCAAAUUCCAGCACAAGUGAUGGGAAAGCAAUGGAAGGGAAGAAGCAUUAUUUUUGCCUGCUGUUUGCCAAGUUCUGUGCCAUAAGCUUUCUUUACAAUACAGUAACAACAAUAUGGUUUAAGAACAAUAUUAAAUUCUAAGUACGGAAAUAAAGGACAAAUCCAGAAAGGUGCAAUUUGCGUCCAGAGAAAAAACUGAUAGAAAUAUGGAUAACAUAAUUUUACAUAGGUGUGUUUAUUAUUCAUUUAUGGAUAUAUAUUUCUAUGUAAUGGCAGCCAUCUGUAAGGUGGGGACAAGCAAAGUGAAGGGAAAAAAUUUACUUGAUAAUUUUGUGGUCUCUUUGAAAGAAAUAGCAAGCUGUGCAUUGUAGAUUUACAGUUUCAUUUGCAAUCAUUUUACUAUGACAUGGAAAUGUUUGUUUAUAAAUUAAAAGUAAAACAAAA